GUUUUUUCUUGCGCGACAGUCUAGUCUCAGGAUUUUUUAAAUUAGUCCUUAUCGUUUUGUUUCAGUAUGUCACGUUUGCAUCGGUGAAUAUAAGGGCCUGGUGUUAUGGACAACUAUGAGAUUAUCCGACAGAUUGGAGAGGGUGCGUUUGGGAAAGCUUUCCUGGUCAGACACAAGAAGGGAAGUGACAAGCAAUGUGUGGUCAAAAAGAUCAGCCUCAGGAAGAUGUCAGCGAGAGAAAAGGAAGCAUCCGAGAAAGAGGUGGCAGUCCUGUCAAAGAUGGAACACCCUAACAUAGUUUCCUUUAUCACAUCAUUUCAAGAGGAGGGCAGCCUGUUUAUAAUGAUGGAGUACUGUGAUGGAGGAGAUCUGAUGAAGAAGAUCAACAUGCAGAGAGGAGUUCCUUUCACUGAGGAGAAGAUCAUAGACUGGUUUGUGCAGAUCUGCCUGGGUCUCAAGCACAUCCACGACAGGAAGAUUCUCCACAGAGACAUCAAAGCUCAGAAUAUCUUCCUAACCGAUGGAGGGAUGAAAGCAAAGCUGGGGGACUUUGGUAUCGCAAGAAUGUUGAAUAACACCAUGGAGCUGGCCAGGACUUGUGUUGGGACACCGUACUACUUGUCCCCAGAGAUCUGCGAGAGUCGGCCCUACAACAACAAGACGGAUAUCUGGUCUUUGGGGUGUGUCCUGUAUGAACUCUGCACCCUGAGGCAUCCAUUCGAGGGCAGCAGCCUACGCCAGCUGGUCAGUAAAAUCUGCAAAGGCCACUACACCCCAGUACCCAGCCGCUACUCCCACGACCUUCGUCUGCUAGUUACCCAACUCUUUAAGGUCAACCCCCGAGACCGGCCCUCGGUUAGCUCAGUUCUCAGACGUCCCUUCAUAGAGAAGCACAUCAGCAAACAUCUGGAUGCUCAGGUGAUGCAGGAGGAGCUUAGAGACACAGCUUUGCAUCAAAACAGAGCAGCAGCACCACAAACUUCUAAAACCAGAACACAUGCUGCAAACAUAGCAGCAAAAAAACAGAAGGCGAGAGGAGCAGAGAGGACUGGGGAUGUUAACAAAAGACUGCCAGCUAAACCGAACUGGAGAGCGCCGUUCAGAGUCAAAACCCCUGGCCACUACAAACCUCCACAUCAAAGAUCAGGCAAACUCCUGGCAGACAGAGAGUUUGCAGGAAACCAAAGAUUUAGAGGUCAGCAUCAGAACAGUCUUUACCAGCACUACUAUGCCCAGCUGGAUGCUUUUCAGAGGAGGAACAAGGAGGAUGUCCCUCCUCCUUCCUGUCUUCCUCCAGAUCCUAAGGAAAGAGAAACGGAUGUGAUGCUGCUAUGUGAAGACCAAGAUGCUCUUCCUAUGGAGCCGUACCAGCUUGUGGCUGCAGCUCGUAAUGAGUACCUGCAGAGGAGACAGGAGGCCAACCACUACAAGCUGAGAGCAGAGAAACAGCUGGGUUUGCGUCCUUGCACAGCUGAGUGCAACAGGAAGUUUGUUGCUCAGGAACAGGAAGAGGGACCACCUGAACAGAAACACAUGCUCCAGGACAAGAGACAGGAGGGACAGCAGGAGUAUCUGCGUCAGUUGGAUGUCAUUCGACAGCAGUAUCACCAGGAGAUGAGGCAGAUGAGACAGAGAGCUGAAACAGAGGCUCAGCCACAAAACAAGCACAUAACCUUUGUAGUGGACAAACCCAGAUACCCAGAACCUUCCAAAGACGGUGAAGAGCAGCAGGAAGCAGCUCAUGCUCAGGACGUUGAAGAAGCUCUGAGACAGAUCAGAGAAGAGAACAGAGAUCAGAGGAGAAUCCUGCAGAGAAAACACAAGGACAAGAAAGGAAUCAUGUUUGAGAUCCGGUUAGACGAUGAAGAGAAAAAAGGAGACGAACAAAAGGACAAGGAAGCAGACCCUCUGAACAAGACUCUGAGCUUCCUGGAAGGGGAGGAGUUAAAGCUCAGGGAUUGGUCAAAGGUGAGAAAAGGGUGGAGCCAAAGGACUCCUCAGACUCUGCUGGAUGCACUUGCCAACAUGGAUGUUAACUCUGUCUACGUCGCAGCAGAUGAUGCUGAAGAAGGAGAAGCAGCAGGUCGCAGGCAGUGGGUCGACGGCGCUCCCAACACCCUGCUGAACGCUCUGGCUCAGGCUGAGCUCACAACAUCGACUCUGGACUCAGAGAGAGCAGAUUUAGGAUCAGAUGAAGACCAAACAGGGGAGGUGAAGGAGAAAGAGGAGAGAAGGGAUGAGGAAGAAGAGGAGGACUCCGAUGUGGAGAUGGAUGAAGAGCGUCUGGAGCCGAGGUCUGAUGAUGAUGACACGAACUUUGAGGAAUCAGAGGACGAGUUGAGAGAGGCAGUGGCAGACUCCAUGAGAAACCUCUUUGUCAUGGAGGACUCAAGCUCAGAUGAAAACCAUGAGGAGAUGGCGGAGGUGGCUGAAGAAAAGGAGGAGACGAAGCAAGGAGGUGGAGGGAGCUCUCCAGAUCACCAAGUUCAGCUACAGCUUGGAGAUUCUCAUGAAGAAGUCAUAGCAGGUACAUCUAAAGGUGAAGGGCAAAGCAGUCAGCCUGCUGGUCCAGGUGGUUCCCAGUCAAAUAAAGACACGACUUUUAAUAAGCAUCAGGCUACCUGAGCUCUGACAAGUUGUUAAUCUGAGUGAAGUUGACUAAGAAAAGCAGUAAAUUCAGAUUCAACAAAUGAUCUGAAAAUUGGAUAACUACCUAAAAACAUGGAUAAGUAGUAAGAAGUUCAGUGUUUCCUUCAGUGUAUUGUUGUUUGUGCUCACACAUCAGAUUUAAAGAAAUUACUCUGCUGUCAUAUCAAAAGCAUGAAACUCCAAUUCCCGCUGAAUUUUUAUUUUCUGUGGCAAAAUGAGCAUGGCACCAGCCACGUACUAAAAAAACUAAAUAGCCUGUUUAGUUACAGGUUUUAACCCUCUAUGUUACUGUUAUUAUUGUAUU